GGGCUCCCGCGCUGCGGCAGCGGAACGCGCUGGCGGGCGCGGGUUGCGGAGGGCCGGUUUGGGGCGCGCACCGCUCGGCGCCGGCAUGAGGGAGCUGCCGCCGGGCCCGGCGAUGGAGAGCGACAUCUUGGACGCGCUGGAGGCCCUGGGGUACACAGGUGCCCUGUUGGAGGAGGAAGCACUGAACAAAGCAGCAGAAAAUGGAUUGUCUUCACCAGAAUUUUUUGAGCUUUGUGUUUGGUUAGGUUCCCAAAUAAAAUCACUUUGCAAUAUGGAAGAAAGCAUCACUUCAGGAGAUGGUAUGAAAGAUAUAGAGAGCUUCCAGCUUGAGAUGAGUGGCUUUCUGAGAGAAAUGGCUUGUCCAUAUUCAUCACUUAUAUCUGGAGACAUCAAGGACAGAUUAAGAGGGAAAGAAGAUUGUCUUAAACUCCUGUUAUUUCUAAGUACAGAACUUCAGGCGUUAAAGAUACUGCACAGCAAGAAAAUCAAAGGCUCUCAUUUGGAAAAGCACAGUGAAAUGAUUCAGGAAGUGCAAGCUAUUUGCGAUGCACUGGGUCUGCCAAACUCCUCGUCUUCUGGUAUUCCUCCCUUGUUAACCAAUGUGGAACAAAAGAUAAAGGACAUUCUCGCAAAAGUUCAAAACAAACAUGUGGGGAAAUCACUGCUAACAAAACCUCUGAAUUCUGACCAAGUGAAAAGAUUGGAAAAAAUCAAUGAUGCUCUUCGGAGUGAGUACGAAUGUCGACGACGCAUGUUAAUGAAGAGGCUCGAUGUGACUGUGCAAUCUUUUGGCUGGUCUGAUAGAGCAAAGGUAAAAACAGAUGAAAUAGCACGUAUCUAUCAGCCCAAGCGCUAUGCAUUAUCUCCAAAGUCAACUAUUACAUUAGCUCACCUGCUUGCUGCUCGAGAAGAUUUAUCCAAGAUCAUAAGAACAAGUAGUGGUUCAACACGGGAAAAUACCGUCUGUGCUAUCAACAAGGUUCUGAUGGGGAGAGUACCGGAUCGUGGAGGCAGACCAACAGAGAUUGAACCACCUCCUCCUGAAAUGCCUCCGUGGCAAAAAAGACAAGAAGGUGGUGGAAGAGGUGGCUGGGGAGGUGGUGGUGGUGGUGGAAGGGGCAACUGGGGGGGUGGAGGGGGUAGAGGAGGAGGAGGUGGAGGUUUCAGAGGUGGUGGGAGAGGUGGAGGUGGCUUCCAGGGUGGAGGUGGCUUCCAGGGUGGAGGUGGCUUCCAGGGUGGAGGUGGCUUCCAAGGUGGAGGUGGCUUCCAGGGUGGAGGUGGCUUCCAGGGUGGAGGUGGCUUCCAGGGUGGAGGUGGCUUCCACGGUGGAGGUGGCUUCCAAGGUGGAGGUGGCUUCCAAGGUGGCAGGGGAGGUUAUGGUGGCAGGGGAGGCUAUAGUGAUCCAUAUGGUGGAAGAGGAGGAUACCGAAGAUACUAAAGUACUGUAAAUCUUAACAGAAUAACUGGCAAAAUAUAGUGGUGGUGUUUACUGGUAUUAGACAUUAGGUAUGUUGAUUUGGGCUUAGGUUAGAAUUAAGUAUGACCAUAUGAAUCAUUGCAUUAGACCAACUGAUGUUCUCAUUGAGUCCUUUUAGUUCACAGAGCUUUUAUACUAAAAUGUGAUGACUAAAGUCCUUGUUUUUCAUAUUGCUUAUAUGGUGUUUUUUAUGUCAUUUUAUUUAAAAUAAGCCUCAGAAAACUGAAUAAAACCCUUUCUAAACAAACAAAAAUAUACUAAUGUUCAGACUUCUCUAGUUAUUGCAUGUUGCAUAUCUACUCCCCUGCUCCAAAAUGCUGUGUAAAAAAAAAAACAAAAAAGGCCUAAGAACCAGAUGAAACCACUUUUAAAAGACUCUAGAAUGCUUUCAGGCUUUUUCUCUGCAUCUAGUUUUCAUGUGGGACAUGCAAGUGAAUUUUAAUUUCAAAUGUUGAAAUCCUUAAGGCUUUGGUCAAAAUUAUUCAGUUAGAUUGGAUUAUUCUUCCAGAACUUCACAUUAAAUUAACAUUCUGAAUUAAUACUCUUACAGAAACUAAUAAAAUCAGAUUGUUUUUUAUGGUCAUAAUGUAUUAGAGACUAUUUGAAGGUCUGAACAUGUACUGUAAACUCAGAAUCAUGGUGAGUUUUGAUAGGGUCUUAUUCCAUUUUAUUGGCAUUUCAUGAAAGUAUUUUAAGACCAGAUUGGGCAGAAAACCUGCAGCCAUCAUGUGUGGUAAGAAUUCAUGUAUAUAUCCUUCUGAAUCAGCCUUGAGACAUAAAGUUUGAAUAAGCUGAGCUUCUUAAGAAAAAACAUACCAUUUCUUCUUCUCCCAUCUUUUUUUUUUUUUUUUCCUCCCCUGUCUGCUCUGUGUUUGGGAGUCACAAACUGCCCAGUUAAUAAGACAUCUCAUACAGCAGUCGGCCUUCCUCAGUGAUUUCUCUCUCUCACUCUGCCAAUCUGAAAGAAUCUCUGUCUUGAUACGGUAUGGGUGCCUUCUCCCUCAGUGUUACUCUAGAAGGAGUUAGCUGUCACACAGUUAUGGCUGUAAAUAUAUGUAGACAGAAAUUUAGAGCUGUCACUUAAAGAAGACAGUUUCUGCUGUCCAGUGACUUUUAGAUCUCCUCCCCUGCUGUGAGGCCUCUCCUGACAACAGAGGUUGAACAGGGGGAUGAUGCCUGAGUACAUACUCAUGACAAUAUUUAUCAGGGUCAGUUUACUACACAGAGAUUCAGAAAGGCAUCUGAUAAGCCUGGGGGUAUCUGUUGAUUAAAUAAUGUGGCAGCCUUGAAGCACUUGUAGCUAUAGGCUUAACUGCAGCUUGAACUUUAGGAUUUGAUUUUGGGUUUAUGUUUCACAGUUACAAGUUCUUUUUGCACAAAUUUCCUAUUGGAGUCCAUUGGUAUGCUUUAAAGAUAUUUUUUUUUUUACCUUCAUAAACACAUGCAUCAUGUCCUGUUUCAUUGCCGGCUUUAUGCAUGAAUGUAAAGCUCUGUUCAAAAUCAAAUUAUUAUCUCUUUCAAAAGCCUGUGUAGUUUUUAUUAACUAGCCAUCACCAACUUUUUAAUUUGAAAUUUUAAUUCAGAUAACCUUCCAAAGUUUUUUGCCUGUUAUGUCCUCUCUGAUCAUAGUUUGCCUGAGAAUGCUGCUUCUAAUGUGAUAGAUAUGACCUUACCCAGGCUUUAGGGUUACAGCAGGUGCCUGACAAAAAGAGGCAGGAGUUUUCCUGGCUUGAACAUGUUAGCUUGGAUGUGAACUUUUGCAAUAAUGGCUAAAUGUCACCCAACUGCUAGCAAUAUAGUUCCUUUGCCGGUUUUUUUUCCUGUGCUCCUCUGUGGCCUAAAGCCCUUGGCAGCCUCUGCAGUUUUUAUGGGGCGACCCUCAUGGGUCACAUGGGAACAUAGUACUGGUUCUCUUGAUUUUGAGCAUGGUUUUUGCUUAAUACUCUGGAAUAGCUCAGAAACUGAUGACAUACCAAGUGAGACUGCUGGCCUUGAAGUACUGGUCAGCAAAAGAACGGAUAGUAGUUUUUAACAACCAAAGCCUUAAGAGAAAAUUCUGUUUGCUCAUCCCAAUGUUACUUUUUGUUACAAGUAAUCAACAGUCAAGCAUGUUGCUUCACCAGGGAAAUACACAAGGAAAAUCAAACUACUUAUCUCUGCUUAAAGAUUUCAUUAGUCUUAGGAUGCAAAGGUGCACCAGUUUAGCUGAAUUGUUGUAAAUGUGGAUGUGCAUGUGCGUUGGUAUUUUUACACUCAUCAGUUCAUCUUGUUUGUAGUAGGCAGGACAGUUCUGAAUGAAGUAAAUCAUCGAGUGAACCAGGUCCAUACCCAUUUGAAUUCUAACAGUUAAAUUAUUUCAAUAUCAUAUUUCAAUUAUAUGUGUGUAAACCAUGUAAAAGAUGGACAUUUAAAUAGGAUUAAGAUUUUUUUUCUUAGAAAAUUUCAGUUUUUCUUAAAGAAUUUAAAAUUUGAAGUCAGGAGUUGAAAACUAAAGUAAGCACCACCACAUUUCAGAGGUAUCCUUUGCUGUCCUCUUUUGUCGGAAUGUAUGCUUUUAGUUUAUCAAAUGAUGCAAUAACACCAUGAGAAUAAUUGAUUUCAACCUCAAGUUUUGUUUGUCUUGGAAAAAAGUAUUUUCAAAAAUUCCGUUGUGAGUAAAAGAUUUUCAUAUAUAUGUUUGUGAGUAUUUUUGUGUUUAGUCACACUUAGUGAAUACCUAGAUGAACAUUGUCUUGUUCAAGACCUGAAAAAUGGAUUGGGGAUUUUUUUCAGGAAUUGAGAGAGACACUUUUGUUAACAGCUGUAAACACUGAGGAAUAAAGCACUGUAUUUGAAGUUA